AUGCAGGCGGCGCCCGCCGUGGCCCCAGAGACGCCCGCCCCGACGGGCACCGUCCUGGCCCCCACCAUCCGCCUGUACCGGCUGGAGGAGGGCACCGCGUGCCCCCCACCCACGGCCAGCGGCCCCCUACUGCUGCUGCUGCCCUGGCUGGGGGCACGGCCACGCGCCAUCGCCCGCUAUGUGGCCCUCUACCAGCAGCGCGGCAUGGAUGUGCUGGUGGCCGAGACCACGCUGUGCCACUUCUUGUGGCCGCGGCAAGGCCUGGCUUACGCGGGGCGGGUGCUGGCGCUGCUGGAGGAGACCCCGGCGCUGGGCGCCCGCCCGCUGCUGGUGCACGCGCUCUCGGCCGGCGCCUACGCCUUCGCCCAGAUGCUGGUGCACCUGAGCCGGGCGCCCGAGCGGCACGGGCAGCUGGCAGCACGCGUCCGCGGCCUCGUCUAUGACAGCCUGGUCACCGGCGACCUGGCCAACGCCGCGCUGGGUGUGGCACAGGCAACCGGGGCGCGAGGGCUGCGGCCGGCAGUGGCAGUGGGCACGCUGCUGUACCUGGGCCUGUGCCGCAGCUGCACGCAGCGCUACUACGCGGCAGCCCAGGCCGCCUUCGCCCGCCCGCCGCUGCGCUGCCCGGUGCUGCUCUUCCACGGCUGUGACGACCGGCUGUGCGACCCCACCGGGCUGCGGGCACUGCUGGAGGCCUGGCGCGGCGCCGGUAUCCCUGUGCACGUGCAGGCCUGGCAGCAGUCGGUGCACGCGGGGCACCUGCGGCGGCACCCCGAGGAAUACCGCGCCGCCCUGACCGCCUUCCUGGUGCAGCUCAACCUCGGCCUGCCCUGA